UGACAGGUGACCCAGCUGCAGCUGAUCAGCGGGUAGACACAGCCUGCCUGCUCACUCUGCUUCACACAGCCGCGACAAAUGGCUGGCUGGGGAGGCUUCUUCUUUUCUCUCCUCAACUACAAGACGGAGAAAUAUGUCAUCGCCGAAAACAGGAAGAUCGGGAUAUUGUUUCGCCUCUAUCAGCUGGCCGUGCUCGGAUACAUUAUCGGGUGGGUGUUUGUGAUGAAGAAAGGGUACCAGGAGAGAGAGGAGGCCAUUCAGGCUUCAGUCAUCACCAAGCUUAAAGGUGUGUCUCUGACCAACCAUUCAGAGACUGGACCUUACCUGUGGAGUCCAGAGGAUUACGUAAUCCCUCCGAAUGGUGAGCAGGUGUUUUUUGUAAUAACAAAUUAUGUAGAGACCCCAAAUCAGAGGCUGGGAUUCUGCGCUGAGAGCAUCAAAGUACCAGAUGGACGGUGUCAAAGCGACGACGACUGCCCUGAGGGGGAAAGUGUUAUAGCUGGAAACGGAAUAAAGACCGGUUUGUGCCUGAACAACACGGGGACCUGUGAGAUCCAUGCUUGGUGUCCUGUUGAAUAUAGCCAGAGACCAACAGGGCCCUUACUGAGCGAAGCAGAAAACUUCACCAUCUACAUCAAGAACUUCAUCAGGUUCCCCAAAUUUGAAUUCUCAAAGUCAAAUGUCCUUGAAACGUCUGAUGAAGGCUACCUAAAGAGAUGCUUCCAUGAUGAUGUGAAUCACCCCUACUGCCCCAUCUUCCGCCUCAGAGAUCUGGUCAGCAGAACUGGACACGACUUCCAUGAAAUGGCCAUAAAGGGCGGCUCUAUCGGUAUCCUCAUAGAGUGGAACUGCGAUCUGGAUAAGGACGCCUCACAGUGCAAUCCGAAGUACAGCUUCACCCGUUUGGACAUGAAUUUGAACAACUCUGUCUCAUCAGGUUACAACUUCAGAUAUGCAAGGUACUACAAAGAUCCAGAGGGAGAAACUUAUCGCACACUAUACAAGGUGUAUGGGAUUCGAUUCGACAUCAUGAUAAACGGAAAGGCUGGGAAGUUCAACAUCGUUCCCACAAUAAUUGCGAUUGGCUCUGGUGUUGCUCUGAUGGGUAUAGGAGCCUUUGUGUGUGAUAUGAUACUGCUGUACAUGAUGAACACCAGCUCCUUCUACCGAGAGAGGAAAUUUGAAAUAAUCAACUUUAAAAAAGAGAAAAAUAAACAGAAGGAUGGGAAUCGAGAUAAGAGAUCCAGAAAACCUGCAGCAGAAGAGGGAGCAGCCAACUCCCUAAAAACGCCGGAGGAAACUGAACUCACAGUGGAACCUUCUGCUGAGAGCGUUGCUGCCUUGGAGAAACGGGGUCCCACCGUUCCACGUAACACGGGGCAGCGCUACUCCUCCGUCCUCUCCAAACAAGGCACGGUGCCAAAGCAUCACAUCACUUUCUCUUCACACAAUUAGGAAUGCAGGCGACUGAAGUCUGCCUCCAGAGGUGUCUUUAACGCUGCAGGUGGUGGAUCCCAGUGUCAGACUGCUGGCCCAGUCACUGGCUGAGCUGACUGAGGAUUUAUUCACGCAGGGGAAACCUCAGUGCUCUGCAGCCCACAACAGAGACCAGAGGGCUGAUAACCCAGAAAGGUGGCAGCGUCGGGGCUAUUGAUGAUUCUGUUCAAUGUUUUGGGUUUUUGAGGAAAACUACAUGGAUGUUUUGGUUUCUUUAUAUUUUGGAAAAAAAAUCUUUAUUUUUCAUCAAACCAUAUGAGGACGCAACAGAUUAAUGGGACUGGAAAUGAUUGGGCUCAAAGGGAGCUAGCAUGUUUAUAUCAGGUGUAGCUUUGUAAGUCAAGCGCUGAGCUACAGGCAGUUCCAACAGCAUCUGCCAGUCAUAACACAAAGGUAACCUCACAGAAACAUUAACAGCGCCUAUAGAGGUUGCAUUUUUGAUUGUUGCAUCAUGAGGUACAUACUCUUUAUACCAUGGUAGAUGGUAUGCUUCAAUGCUUUAAAAUCAGGCUGCUGAUCAUUGUGACACAGGGACCCAGCUUCAUACAACCCUGUAACGGGAGCCCCGAUUGAAAGUCAGCGAAUUGAUGAUUUGUCAGAUCCUGCAGCAGCUGCCUGUAAACCGUCAUCAAACCUUUGGAUGUCAACAUUUUCCCUGGCACCGAUACAUUAAACUGCUACAUAGAAAAAUCUACUUCAUAUACAUCCUUGGUCUCUCUAGAGCCAAAUCCGAUCCUCUCCUCCUGGCUACUGAAUUUACUGUUCAUUGUAAGGUAAAAAAUUGUGAAUAUCCCCAUUCUCCUAAGAUGUGAAAGCUCCUGAAUGUAACUUGCAGACACAGUAAAAGUAAGUAUGUUCAUACUUGGAAGAAACACGUAAAAAUGUUUUUCAGUUCACUGUUUUGUGAAAGGUUUUUAUGAGCUGCUGCUUUUCCAUCUGCAACUUUCAUUUUAGCCAGUGGCCACAAAUUAUUUGAUUAUGUAAAUAUUGGAGCAGAGACUCUCAGUUUUGUCUGUGUCAAAAUGGAUGGCAACAAUUUUUUUUUCUUCCAUUUGUUCAUAUGUACCCAUG